AAAAGUAUUCCACCAUCAUCUUCCAUGGGAGAUGGGCCUACCAGCACCACCACACACUACACUCCAUUGGAUUUGGUCCCUCUUUACUCCCUUUCCAGCUUCUUUGUCAUCCUUCUACUGCACUAGUAUUGAGAAGAGUGGUGGAGAGUUUGAGAGCACAGAGAAGAAGAAGAGACCAUGGAGGAGUUGAAGGAGAUGGAGGUUUUGAGGAAUGGUGGUGAUGAUGGGGAUGUGAAAGUUAGGGUUUUGGUGGUUGAUGAUUCCCCUGUGGAUAGGAAGGUUGUUGGCAUGCUUCUUAAGAGGUGUGAUGCCCUCUUUGAAGUAAUUUCUGCUGAUAAUGGAAAGAAAGCUAUGCAAAUUCUGGGCUUAAAUGAAGGGAAUGCCGAUUGUCCCGUUGGCAAAGGGCAGAAAAUCGACAUAAUUCUCACUGAUUAUUGUAUGCCUGAAAUGACUGGCUAUGACCUCCUUAAGGCAGUAAAGGAGAAUGACUGCCCGAGAUCGAUUCCAGUUGUGAUCAUGUCAUCGGAAAAUGACCCACAAAGAAUCAAGAGAUGUCUAGCGGUUGGUGCCGAGGACUUCUUCUUGAAGCCUUUAAAAGCUCAGGAUGCGCAAAAGUUGAAACAGUAUGCAACAUUGACAGGACCAACACCGAAAGCGGGCACGAAGAGGAAGCUACCGGUCGACAUGAUAACCGAUACAAAAGACUCAGCGAGACGGCCUCGUCUUGCAGGAGUUGCAGUGGGAUGAUGACAAUUACUGCAUGUUUUUUUAUGGCAUCUACCUUGAUUUAGGAUAUGGAGGAAGAAGCUCAGUGUCUUUUUAAUUAAAUGCUAUAUAUAUAUAUAUAUAUAUUUGGUGCUAUAGCAAGGGUUUACUUCCUCCAUUCUUAUGUUAUGCAAUGGCCUUUGUUGUUGGUGUUGUUGUUGUUAUGGCUGUCUCUUUCCAGUGAAAGAUCUUUGUGAAUAUUCGAAUUCCAAAUGGCUUCUCUUUUUUCCA